AUGGCAGCAAAGAUUGCUCAAAUUAGUUCAAUCCACGAUCCCAAAGAAAAAGUGGAGAAGUACAAGCAAUUAAUCACUGAACUCUUCAACCAUCAAGACGUUAAAGGCUCCAAGGAGCUCAUAAGCCAUUUAUUGAGUACAGAAAUGCCAUUAGUCCACUCCAGACAAGUGAUAUCUUUCUUCGCAACUGCGAUGGAGUACCUGCAAAACGCCCCACUUAUAGAAGUUGCCAGCUUUACUCUAGAAUCCUUUGGACCUCGGUCUGCUGCUUUUGAAGAAGAGGAAGCUAAAAUAAGAGACCAAUUAGCUGAAGUCUACAGUGCAAAAAAGGAAUACCAAUUGGCAGCUAGAACUCUCUCUGCAAUUAAUCUAGAAGGAGCUUCACGAACUGUUUCAGCUGACGAAAAGGCAGAUAAAUAUAUUAAGAUUGCUGAAUACUACUUAGAACUAGAAGACGAGGCAAGCGCAGAUACAUUCAACUCUAAGGCAGGCAUGGUCAUCCACCUGUGCCAAAACAUCCAGCUCAAGCUUCGUCAUAGGGUGUGCCAUGCGAGGAUCCAAGACUUCAAAAAAGAUUUCUUGCAAGCAUCAAGGACUUAUUAUGCACUAUCUCAAGAAGGCCAGUAUGGAGUUGUGGAAAGCGACUUGUUGCAUCUUCUGCAGUGUGCGAUCACAUGUGCAAUUCUGGCAAAAGCUGGCCCUCAAAGGUCAAGACUUCUAGCAACUUUAUAUAAAGACGAAAGAGCGGUUCACUUGGAGACCUAUGACAUGCUUGAAAAACUAUUUAUGGAAAGAAUCAUUAAGAAACCUGACGUUGAUAGAUUUUCUGAAAAGCUGCAGCAACAUCACAAAGCAAAGUUGUCGAGCGGGUUCACUGUGCUAGAAACAGCUACUAUGGAGCAUAAUAUAAUCGCUAUAUCAAAAAUCUAUAACAAUAUCACUUUUGACGAGCUAGGAACUGUCUUGGAAAUUCCUCCAAAUAAAGCUGAAAAUCUGAUUGCAAAUAUGGUGCAGGAGCAUAGAAUUAAAGCAAUAUUGGACCAAAUCCAUGGUAUUGUUGAGUUUGAAGUCGAAAAUGAUGGUUUAUCUGAGUGGGGAGGACAAGUCGAGUCAUUGCUGCAGUCAGUCGAGAAGCUAGUAGGAGAUAUCUCUAAAAUUUAUCCAGUAAUGGCGUAA